AUGCGCAGGCCGGGGACGCUGCCCUGCUCGGGUGUACAACGGGGAACGAGCUCGGCUUCCGGUAACUCCAAUACCGGGACCAACAAUUCCGGUUCCCUUCACCAUCAGCAAAAGCAGCAGCAACAACAUCACCAGCAGCAGCAGCAGCAACAGCAGAAGGGAGACGUGACCUGCAACGGUAUCAAUGGUACCGCACCGAGGAUACACCACAUGGCGAAUCAUUCGCUGAGGCGGAAUCAUCAGGCAUCAUCCACUGUUCCCGCGCUUCCGGCACGCGGUGGUAACGAGAACGGUUCGCUGGUUGAAUCGGGCGGCAGAUCGUCGUGCAGGAGUUCGUUGCAAAAUGGCAUAAUACCCGGGCAUCCGCCGCCGCCGCCCCGAUCUCAUCCCCCCUCUUGUAAUCAGUCCUCUUAUCCGACUCUGACGGACACGCGCUCCGUAGUUUUUGCGCUCGAGGUCCACUACCUGCAGGAACUCGACUUCCAGAACAAGCGCUCCGUAGUUUUGGCUGUCCAGGUACUUGACCUGAUGACUUUUGACCUCCGGGAGUAA